AGGGCGGUAAAGAGCGAGAGCUGCGCUCGCCGCACCAGCUGCAGUUUCUUUGGACGCAUCCGCGGCUCAAGGAUAAUCGCCCGGGGAUGGCGCUUACCCUGGAGAACUUCAUCGACUCUCUGGAUCCCACCACCCUCCCGAGGGUUCUGCAGAUUCUCUGUGGAAUUUACUCCGAAGGUUCUAUAUAUGAAGUGCAUGGACAAGAGUGUUGCCUGUCUACAGGAGAAAUCAUUAAGGUUGUUGGAUUCAAAAUAGUAAAAGUUAAAGCAGAGAGUUGUGAAUUCAUUGAAGGGAACAAUUCCCCAUCCACAGUGGAGUGGCCAUUGGAUUAUCCAGGUUUCUUCAAACUUCUUGUUGAUCCAUGCCCAUAUACUAGUUUUAGUGAUAUCAUAAAAUCAGUAAAAAUUGGGGACAACCGCUUGGGUCAUCCUCACUUCCGGAGCAAUGUGGAUAUUCAGGUGAAUGACAUCUUCAUUAAAGAAGGAGAACAUAUAGUGCUAAACUCUCUGGUGGAAGUGGAUGGUGAGGAGUAUGUGAACUGUACAGUGAUCAAAGGAAGCAAAAGCAAAACAUUAAGAAUUCCACUAUCAUACAAAGGAACAUUUUAUGAAUGUGAAGAUGACCAGUUUUACACACUGAAGGAGAUUGUAGAAUGGAAGAUCUCCAAGCAUAGAAGGCGAGUUGUGAAGCUCAUGAAAACAAUAGCCACCUGGGAAGAGAAUCCUUACUAUGAGCAUCUACACAGUGCUGUGUGUCUGCUGCCUGUCUAUGAAAUACAAGCAAUGAUGAAGUUUCGAAGGGAUAUCGUACGCAUACCAUCUAACUUAGAUGUAGAGGUUAAAGAUAUAACUGAAAAUUAUGACCUUAACUCCUUUGUACAACCAUUGUCUUUAACUGAUGUUUUUAAAAGACCAAAUGAAGACUUCCCCCUGUUGGCUGAAAUCAUUGAGUGGCCUGACCAACAGCAUAUUUACAAAUCACUGAAUAUUGGAAAACAAAUAGUUAUUCACUGUAAACACUUAUCCAGCACAAUAAUUGCCUCUGAGAACAGAAGUGAUUUGAAUAAAAAGCAUUUUUUGAUCCCCAAAAGCUACAAGGGUCGAUUUAAAAGAAGGCCAAGGGAGUUCCCAACUGUCUAUGACUUGGAGCUUGCCAUUAAAAACAAUGAAGCCUUGCAUGUCAUUGCAACAAAAGAGUUUGAUUCUGAGUAUGCAGAGUUUGCCUCCGUUUGUGUAGGAGACCAGUUUCUUGUUCAUCAUUGCCAGAGUGUUGAAGUCAGCCGGGAAGGAGAGAAGUGUCUAAUUGAAGCUGUGGCUUGUGAAAAAAUUAUGGAAAAAGACUACGAACAAGUCCUCCUUCCAACAUAUAUGGAAGGGAGCUUUGUCGAAGUCAUCCAUGAUAAAAAGCAGUAUGAUCUUUCGGACAUUUGUAAACAAUUUAGCCUUCCCUUUAAUGUCAAAGUAUCUAUAAGAGAUCUGUCAAUCAAUGACAAUUUAGCUGCCUUGCCCUCAUUACGAAUUGAAGAGGAAAUUGCAGAUCCUUGUCUUCUGAUCAGUUUGUUGGAUAGUCCAACAGAAUGCUUUAGGGUUCCAGUUCAGAGAGUAAGCAUGACGAUUCAAGUAAUGCAAGGACAAGAUGCAAACGUUCCAUGUCCUACACCAAAAACCACCGUGGAAGAGAUCAGUGAAGACUUAUACUACAUGCUGCGGAGAUAUGAAAACUCCACUUUGCUUCCUCCACCCCGUCCUCCAAAAAAACCUCAGUCACCUCUAACAUCGACAACAACAAUGAGGCUGUUUCCACCUCAGUCAAAGAAACAAGACCCUCCUAAAUCUCCAAAGAAUUCACCAACAGGAAUGCCAAGACACAAAGCUAAAUCACAAAAAUACAUCCAUGAUGCAAAAGCAGAGAAUAUUGCUCCUACCAUAAUUAUAGAAUAUGUGAAAGAAAGAACAGAACCUGGUGCAUCAGCAGCAGACACAAUGCUACUGAAAGCCACAAGCCUUGCCGUAGAUGUUGAAAACUUGGAUUUGUCUGACAAACAGGACUAUGAAUAUAUUAAUGAAAAUGAAAUUGAAGAUCUAAGGAAACAAUUAAAUGAAAAUGAACAUCUAAGCAAGAAAAACUGCAAGAAAAAGAGAGAAACCCAGUAAGAAGGAUGAAUUAGCAAAGCAUCUGAGAGAACAGCAGGCAUCUGGUCAGGAAUAAGACUUCUUCUAAGUGAAUUUUCACAACAUUAUUUUUCCAGACUUGAUCUCUAACUGUGAUUGAAUUUCUGUUAAGCUUGGGAUCAUUGAGUUUUGUGGAACAAAUAUUUUAACAUAUCAUAUUAAAAGAAGAUAAUUGUUCCUGUUCAGGCUGAAAAUCUGAAGGUGCCAAGUCAUUCUUCAAUAGAUAGACAGGAAUAGAUAGAUUAAUUUUGGUUAUGUGACUUUAAAUUUUUUUUUCUAUUUUUAUGAUCCUGAUAUAUUGCAAACAAUUGAAAUUCAUCUCAAUAGGAGGUGGAUUUUACUAAAUAAGAAUGGUUGUAUUGGAUGUUAUACUUAAGCAUUAAUUUAUUGGUUUCUAUUUUGCAAUACUGAAGUAUUUAUUUUUAUUUGCAUAAGUAUAUACAUGAUCUACCAGAACCUACUGAGAUAUUGAAGAAUUUCUGUUUCUGAAUGAAUCUAUGUAUUACCAGUGUUUGCAAAUACAUGAAUUAUAUUAAAAUUUUUGUAAAUGCAACUAAAAUUAAAUCAUUCUGUUA